CGCAGUGCGCGUCGCUGGGCGUUGAGACGGAAGGCCGCGCGGGGCGAAGAUGGAAGACUAUCAGGCCGCCGAGGAGACUGCCUUUGUGGUUGACGAAGUGAGCAACAUUGUGAAAGAGGCGAUCGAAAGUGCCAUCGGCGGCAACGCCUACCAGCACAGCAAAGUGAACCAGUGGACCACCAAUGUGAUCGAGCAGACUUUAAGCCAACUCACCAAGCUGGGAAAACCAUUCAAAUAUAUCGUGACCUGUGUCAUCAUGCAGAAGAACGGGGCCGGGCUGCACACCGCCAGCUCCUGCUUCUGGGACAGCACGACUGAUGGGAGCUGCACGGUGCGAUGGGAGAACAAGACCAUGUACUGUAUCGUCAGCGCCUUUGGACUCUCCAUUUGAGCAGGAGCCCACCUGGCCCUCCCCCUUCCUGUCUCCACCUCACCCCCCCAAGUCUCUGGCCACUCAACACCUUUUUUCUCCUGUCAUUGCUCACUGGGGCGCUCCUAAAGUAGUCCAAUACACCAGAUGCGCCGCAUACUGAGCGAAUUGUCACCAGAGGCAGCCCAAGCUGGGACUGCCACAUACGUGUCUUAACUCUUGAAUUUUCUUUUCGAAGGUGCUCAAAACUGAAAUCUACUCAUGUGAGCCUCACCUCUGCAGUGACUCACAGACACUAAUUUUCCAUACUUUCUACUUUUGUUAGAAUAAAUUAUUCCAUCAUAAA